GCGGGGCGGCUGCUGCUGCUGCUGCUGCUGCUGCUGCUGAAGGUGAAGCUCUCGCUCUCCAAUUACUUUUCCCAAGAGGGAGAAGGAGGCAGCAGGAGGGGGAAGUCGUGCUGUGUGUGCAAGGCAAACCAAUCAGAGAUGCUCUAACGGAAGGAUUGCUGCAGGACGCGCCGGUUUUUCCUCCCUUUCUCUGCCGGCGGGGCUGAAUCGGGACCUCACGCAGCUGGCGGAGGGGCUGGAGCAGCACCGGGCUGCUGGACGUCUUCACCCUCCGCUUUUCCGACAGCUAUUCCAUACUUCGUCCUCAUUUUAUUUUAUUUUAUUUUGUUUUAAUACAAGAAACAGUUCAAGUCUUCCCUUCCUUCCCACUUACUUCACCCUUCCUCUAGCAUCUCUGAGCCGGAUUCCUGGUGUAUUCCCAGAGAGGCGGGGGGAGACCCGGGCCCCGGAGGACGGCUGCCUGCCCCAGCCCAUCCGAGCCGAGGGGAGCCGAGGGGAGCGGAGCGCGGCGCCGCUCCAUGCCCCCGGGCACUGGCGGGGCGUGUGCCGGCGAUGCCCGGGCGGUGAGGCUGGAGCUCCCCCCCGACGGUAGGCGGCCGAUCCUUAGGUGUUUCCAGCAGGAAGCGGGGCUGCAGUCUUUUCUAAGUGGAGGAGUGAAAAAAGAAAAAUGGAUAUGCAUGAAAUUUAGAGGAUGAAUAAGAGAUACUUACAGAAAGCAACAAAAGGAAAACUGCUAAUAAUAAUAUUUGUUGUAACACUCUGGGGGAAAUUAGCGUCUGGGGCAAAUCAUCAUAAAGCUCACCAUGUUAAAACUGGGACCUGUGAAGUGGUGGCACUGCACAGAUGUUGCAAUAAGAACAAGAUAGAAGAAAGAUCACAGACAGUGAAGUGCUCCUGCUUCCCCGGGCAGGUAGCAGGUACCACCCGGGCAGCUCCUUCUUGUGUUGAUGCUUCAAUAGUGGAGCAGAAAUGGUGGUGCCACAUGCAACCAUGUCUUGAAGGGGAGGAAUGUAAAGUUCUUCCAGACCGUAAGGGAUGGAGCUGUUCUUCUGGGAAUAAAGUGAAAACAACUAGGCUGUGGCAGUAUUCCUGGAGCCAAAUAUGAGUUCACUACCUCAAAAUGCCAGUAGUGGAAGCUGGUAAACAAGUGGGGAAAAUCAACAGUGGAAUCUCUGAAGCUUGGGACAAAGGCAGAAAACACAUCAGUACUGCACUAAUAGAGCAGCAGGUACCCUCAUAGAGAAAAAAUUACAGUCUUUUAUGCCUCCAUGCUGCAGUCCGACUGUGGAGUUGUGAUCACCACAAAAACCUCAAGAAGAUAUAUCCUUGUCUGGCCUGCUACAGUUAUUAUAUGUUACAGAAAGUAAAAUAAGGUUUACGUUUAAGUUUUCUUUAAAGAUAAAACUGUUGUCUCUAGCUAAAAAAAUUUGUGAAGUUAGAACUAUUCUACCAUAAAUUUAAUUUCUCUGCUGAAUUACAAAAACAUUGAGAAAGUUUAGAUAUGUGCAUUUUGCUGGCAUUACCGUUUGGAAGAGAAUAUUAAUGAAGUACGUUCAAAAGACUAAUGAAUUAGAUUUAGCCUUCACAUAAUCCGUAUGUCUUCAUCAGAUAUAUUCUGUGAUAAUUGUCCCAGUGAGUUGUAUCUAUUAGGAUUAUUUUGUAAACUAUCAAAUAAGAAAUAAGAAUACAGAGCCAUAUUAAUUUGUUUCAUGGUAUUUAAAUGUGCAGCGACUUUAUUAAAUUAAAAAGUUAUCAAAGUUAUGAGUUUAAUCUUGUAAUGUAUGUUUCUAAUGAUCUGCAGCAUGACAUUUAAGUUAAAAAGCCUAAAGAAAAAAAAGUAACAAUCUUUUUUGUAAGCAUUAUUUACAGAAAUUCAGGUGAUCUUUUGAGAUGCUGUACAACCCUUUUGGAAGCAAUCAUUUGAUCAGCAGGUCAAGUAUCUAGUUAAGCAACUAGCUGUUUGAAUUUAAUAUUUUCUUUUGAAAUGUGUCACCUGUUAUGAUGUUUCCUGUAACUUAGUAACCAUAGAAAUUACUGUAAGUAGAGUUCUCUUCAGAAUGCUCACAUUUUACACACACUAAUCUUUGACAUAGAAUGAAUAAUUUUCUAACUUCAUGGCUCUUUUCUUUAUCACAGGUCUAUCCAUGGACUUAUUUUCAAAGAACUUUUCAAUUACUAUUUUGUACUUGCAAAAAUAAGUGUUACCUAUCAGUUUCUAUUGGGUUGUUCUUUUUGUGAUAAACCAGUGAGUUGUGAUUUGAGUAUGUUUAAACCUUUUCCUUUGAGGUUACUGUUAUUCUUGGGGGUGUUUUUGAGACCAUGCUCUUUUGCUAAGAGAAGUUACUCUGAUUCUGAAAUCUAUUUUCCCCUCUCAUUUUGGACUUUUCCUUGUAAGUUAAAAAGAAUCCCGUUUAUCCUAUUUUGUUUACUGUAACCAAUUUCAUAACAGUGUAGUACUUGACAUGUGUUUGUUUCUUAGGCAAACGUGUAAAACUCCUCAAGUCCGAAUGGAGAAGUAGAGAAAGGAGGUUUCUGCUAUGCCUGGUGACAAUUUUUGAUUUUUCCACACACACAAAAUAUUCUGGCUCCACGUUGGAGCACUAGUUGUGAUGAAUCCUAGUCUUGGUCGGAUUCUAAGGAAGGGCCAGAACGUUCGCUGAGGAAUAAAGAGUCAAACCACUCCAGAAAAUGUGUUCCAGCCCUGGUUUAUUACUCACAGAGCAGCAGGUAACCCGAUAGCUAAAGACAAAUCAAGUCAGUCUCAAGGCUGAUGACAUUAAAUACAACACAUAGGAAUUUCAUUCUUCCAGGCAAUCCUUGAAGCAAAAUUUUAUAUUGCUGGGGAGUAUCCUUCAGAAUCAAUUGUUUCAGUGAGAACCUGCCUUGUAAUCAGCAACAACCUUGAGAACAGAACUACUGAAAAGUUAUUUUGAACUUCUGUAUCACAAAGAUUUCAACUGAUUGAACUGUGUACACUUGUAAAAUUGCACUUGCUGAGGAAUUUGCAGCUGUAAUCACAAGAGCUGAUAUUCAGAAGGUGCAGAAAAGCAGCAAUCUUUUGGAUUCUCCAUUCCAGACUGAAGCCUUUUCAUCUUGAUGAAGUCAACCUCCAAAAUGUAUUGGUUCCUUCUUUCUAAAAUGAUCCCUGGUCCGUAAUUCAGAUUGCUGGUGGGACUGCACACUGCUUUAAUUAAAUUUCUGUUGCAGAAAUUGUCCUCUGGCAUGACGCAGUUUUAGACAUUUUUAUUUGUAUUCUAAUCUUGGAGCUCUCAAAGGUACAUAUUUCAACAUCUUGAAGUUGCUUUUGUUAUAGGAAUGGAAAUAUAUAUCCAUUGUUAAUAAUUAUUGUUGACAAGUAAUAGUUAUCUGAAUACAUCAGUCAUAUUAGAAUGUAUAGUCAGGUUGACAUGUUUCCCUAAGGCUAACCAACUACUGCAGCUCUUUGACAGUUAAAAAAGUAGUGGUCAAAACUCAAUUACAACUUCCAUUAUAAGGCGUUUUAUACUUUUAAGAGAUACAUUUCCAUUUAGUUUGAAGGAGAUGGGUGUUCCUGCUUUGUACAUUAUUUUCCCAACCUUUAAUUCAUUGAAAUUCAUGGUAAGCAGUCAAUGACAGCAUUUCAUCCCUUUUUAUAAAGGUAGGCAAGGAUGUAAAUGAGUUUUGCAAUUAUGAAAUUGGAUGGUAAUCAUUCCCAAUUUUUGUCUUUUUAUUAAAAAAUGAAAUAUCUUGCUUGAACCUAAGUACUGUUGGAUGCUUAUGUAGAUGUCUGCUCAGUCUGUUUGCUACAAAGGAAAAAAGUCCUAGUGACCUCCCAGAUUUACAAUUCGUGGGUAUUUUGCUUGCUUAGAGUCACCCAAUUAAGAUCUGAUCCUUGCCAAAAUCACAUAACUUUUUAAAAAUUAUUUUUAAUUUUCUAUUUCAGUAGCAAUUUUUGAACUUUGUGAUGUGCUGUUACAUGAAAAAUCCUCAAUAUUUAGAGGCCUUAGCAUCUAUGAGCUUUUUUUCUAAGUUAUUACAGAAUGUAUAAUUUUAUACUCCAUUUAAUGUAUGUUGUACCAUCUGUAAUACUGAUACAACAGAAAUUUGGCAAUUCCUUUUAGUGACAGUGCAUAAGAAGGCAGACUGAAGAGGGUGAGGGAGUUCAGAUGUGUGCUUUGGUGCAUUCAAAUGAAAACCACACACACUAAAUGUUAGUAAAAAAUACAUAGGGGCAAGUUUAUUUAAAAGUCCUGUGUGGCUACCAGACUCCCAUAAAAAGAAGGAAAUUAUUUUCACAUUACAAGCCAUUGACAUGACUAGGUAGUUAUAUAUUAAGUUUCAUGAUGAAUGAACACCCUGGAGUGCUGCGCUUGUCACAGUAGCCCCUGCUGUUCCAAAACCAUUUCAUUACCUCUGCUGUAUUAUUGCACAGGAGAGAUUAAAUAAAAUAAAUGACUGUUGGGAAAAAAAAAAAGGCAAGUAUAUCUUAUAAUUCUGCUGAGGAAUAAUAAAAAAUAUUGGCAGGGAAAGAUAUUAUUUUCUGAUUGAAAUUUAAUUAGGAUAAACUGUUUGUAGCAGCAAAUAGGUAGCUCAGUAUUUUAGGAUGGUUCAUAUUGUAUGGAUUUGUGCUAACAGGUGCAGGACAGAAGGCAGCAUCUUCAGGAGGUUAUCUGGGACAAUGAAAAGUAUAAAUGUACUGGUUUGUAAAAUCUGAAUAUUGCCUCUCUUUGUUCAAAAAUCUACAUCACGCUUCUCAAUAUUUGUUUGGUUUCUUUGUUCUUAAACCAACACUGAAAAUACUGUAUUAUAUAUGUGUAACACAUGCAUAUCAAUAAGUGAAAAUAAAUGGAUUUUCAGUAUACUGAAUAAAUAAUCUGCAGUAGAUUAAUGUUGUGAAUAUUCAUAAAAAGUGAAUAAAAUUGUAAUAUAAAAUAGA